AUGUCAGCUGCGAGGGGAGAUUUAUCCUGGCCAGAAUAAACGACUCGUCGGACAGCCAGAUAACACAGUCAGAUCUGAUUUUCAGAAAGUAUUGUCGAGGGAAACAAAAAGAUCUAAUGACACAUUCAGCCGUAAAUUUUACUGGAAUAACGAUGUUAAAUCAACGCUUUCCCUCCUGGUCAGGUGAUUUUGCCUUGGCUACCUAAAGUCUGUGGGUCAGAAAGUGGUAUGGCCCCAGCCCUGACCAAAAUCCUGAAAGAUGGCCACGGGAUCCACCUGUCCUCGCCUCCUGCCUUUGUCAGAAUGGACUCAAAUGGCAGAGCCGUGCACAGUGCUGAGCUUGAGUCUCAGAUGAGAUCAGUUGAUGAUGGUCACCUCCAGAAGAUGUGGCUGAACCUUUCCUCGUUUUCCUCGCUGGACUCCUGUCUCCCCGUGAGCCCCCUGGACGUCCCUGCCGGCCCUGUGCUUUCCCCAUGUCUGCAGGCGUCUGCCAGCGAGUGUGAGACGCUGCUCCUCCCGAGCCCCGCUUCCCUCCUCGGCCUCCUUUCUUUCAGUAAAGGCCUGAGAGAUUCUCAUCAGGUGGCAUCCGUCUUCCCAGGUGUACCAGACAUGUUUUUAGUCCCAGUCCCUGAGCACAAUAGCCAAGAGGCUUGCCUGCUUCAUGGACGCAGUGCUGCUCCCGAAUGUGGGCCAGAUGGUGGUGAUGUGCAUCACUCCCCUCUUACCCUUACCAUUGUUCCUCCUUCAUAUUCCCAUGGGGAGAUAAAGUGCCAGGGCUGCACUUCUGCGUUUGUACCCCCGCUUAUGUCGACACAGGAGAAAGUAGCUGGAAUGGGCUAUCCUCCUCCAUCUUCAAUGCAGCCUUGCAGUGGCAGGGUGAUCUCUGACCAGCUGGCAUCCACAGUUGUGCUGGACGAGGCUGUGAAGGAGCAGCUCUCCAGGCAGGCAGAGCUGAACAGCCGGGCUCAAAGGCUGCAAAGGAGGCUGCAAGCCCUGCUAGGAGAGCAUGCUGUACAACAUUGCAACCAGCAGCUGGAGGGGCUGAAAAGGCAUUGUGAACUUGGAGCUGUGUCUCUUGACAGCCUGGACUCCAUAUAUCCUGGUCUACUACCUCCGCAAGUGGACUGUAAGCCUAUAUUUUCUUGGCCGGCGUCGUCCACGGCCUCGUCUUCCACGGCCUCGUCUUCCUUCAAAGAGCUCAGAGAGUUCAGCUGCUGCAGCCAGGCGGUGCUGAAAGGCCUGCAGGAGGCUUUGGACUCUGAAGCCACGGCCAGCAGCAGCUCAGACGAGGAGCAAGAGGAGGAUAAGCGUCUUGGCAAAACCAAGACUUCACCUGUCUGUGAGCGGCGGUGGCUGGAAGAGAGAGCGGAGUUGGGCAGCAGAUGGAGCUGGUUGCAGCUGCGUCUGGCUGAGUUGGAGGGGAGGAUACAACAACUGGUGGAGCUCCACAAGCACAUCCGCUCUACUAAGCGUGGUGUGGGGCUUGCCGAGUCUCAGCCACCAACAGACAGGCAGAUUCAGCAGACUCUGCUGAGAGAGAUGGCGGGGUUAUCCUGCACAGCAUCGGAUGCCGACACUGAACCCUGCAGCCCCACACGCCUCCUGCACAACAUAGAGCGACAGAGUGCUCAGCUCAGCCAGAUUGUCAACAGUCUGAUGCCUCCUCUGAGCUUUUCACCGCUAUCAAAACAACCACACACCUGGACAGGCAAGAGGGCAUUCACAAGUGGUCAGAGACGAGACGAUGCUUUUGUGCCUGGGAGCUCUAAGAGAAGGAGACUGGGGACCAGGAGGCUCUUCAAAGCGGAUGUGUCAUGCGUCUGUGCCCGGACCCGACCCCUGGUCACCUACCAUAAACCCAAACUGUUCACAUUCAGCACCUACAAGCCCAGCACUUCACAGGAUUCGGGGAAAUCCACGUCCACCCGCCUCUCUUCUCUCUCAUCGUCAUCCUGUUCAUGUUGUUCAUCCUGUGAUCCUGUAGUCCUGUGCUCUGAUCCUGACUGCGGCUCGAGUCGUGCCCGGACCUCCAGGGCCCCCAGCUCCACACCUCACCCUACAUUUUCUCUUUCAUUCGACACUCCUCUGUCUCACCACUUAAAAAGGGCACUAGCCAGAGAAGAAUGGUCCCAAAGGCCUCUGGUUAUCAAUGUCCAAGCAUCCAGUCCAGCACACUACAACAGAUGCAGCUCCACACCACGGCACAACAGUCGCAAAUACAAGCAGCAUGCAAGGCAUCAUAAAAGCAGAGUUAUGGGUCUGUCACCGAUCGGGAUGGCGGGCUCUGCUCAGAGUCAAUGCAGGAGAAGGAAGAGAAGACACAUCCACAGACUGAUAGAAGGUGAGGAAGAUGUUCUGUACCAGCUCUGUGACACAGAGAACAGUUCAGAUGAAGUGCUAGAGGAGAGCUACUCACAGGUUACACGCAAGCAGACCUCACAGCUUGGCCAUCUUUCCUCUCAGGGCUCAGUUCGCAAACGCCAGGGAGAGAGUGUGUACAACAUCAACAACAUUGUCAUUCCCAUGUCGGUGGCUAAAGUGGAAAAGCUGCAGUACAAAAACAUUCUGACACCCAGUUGGCGGGUGGUUGACCCGUCACCUCUGAUGAUCAGGGAUGCAGAGAAUGAGGAAGAAAAUGAGGAGGGACAGGUGGAGGAUCUCACCGAUGAAGUUUUUGCCCAAAGACACCUGGGUUUAGAGCAGAGAGAGAAAUUGCGCUGGGGAUCCUGGGGAAAGAGAAACUGCUGCAGGCGCCCUAAAAGAUCUGGCAGCAGGUUGUCAGGCAGUGGGGGCGGGAUGUGCACAUCAGGAGAGGAGAGCUCUGUGGAGUUGAGUUGUGCUCAGCUGGAUACUGAUGAACAGCAAAGCUCGGAGGAGUGGCUGCAGCCUCAGACACCCUGGGAGCCACGAGUGUUUCCUUUGUAUGAGGAUGAUGAAGAAGCCUUGCUCUCUGAUAACCUAGAAAAAAUCCCAUUAGGGCUGUCAGAGUGUGGCUCUGCCUCCUCCACAUCAAAGAACUCCAACUCCCAUUUCUCCCCAGCUUGGUCCUCUGGUGCUUCAGUGCCAUCUGGUGGACAAAGCAAGAGCCGAACACCUGAUGGCCGCUGAGAGAGUAGUGCCUUACUUUUAUUACAUAUUUCCUUGUGUCUGGGACCAUGAGGAGAAAAUGUGCCCAGGGAAUUAAUUUGGAUACUUUAUACAUUCCACCACUACAGAGAUUUGAUGUUAUUUGCGUAAUACUUUGAAGCAAAAGUGUUUUUUAGUGAGUAUUGUAACAUGUGUCACAAUAGUUUGAACUGACUACUGUAGCUUCUUCUACACUUUCAGAUUUUAAUGUACAACAGGUGCUGUAUGUAAAGAAAUAUGUGCCAGCACAAUACUAUCAUAGUCUCAGGUUUGUAUACUGUUUGUAGUUGUCACUUGCUAUUUAUUUUCAUAGUUGUCUGAAAAAGUCUAUAUAGAAAGACUGUAGUACAUAAUUAUAUUUAUGUAACCUUCACCUGAUUUACAUGUGCUAUUUGAUUUGUUGUGUGUUGACACUGUCUUUUUGGUAUGUAUUUUUU